CUGUACUAUGUCCGCAGUCUCUGGUCAUCUCCUGUACUGUGUCCGCAGUCUCUGGUCAUCUCCUGUACUGUGUCCGCAGUCUCUGGUCAUCUCCUGUACUGUGUCCGCAGUCUCUGGUCAUCUCCUGUACUGUGUCCGCAGUCUCUGGUCAUCUCCUGUACUGUGUCCGCAGUCUCUGGUCAUCUCCUGUACUGUGUCUGCAGUCUCUGGUCAUCUCCUGUACUGUGCGUCUUAUGGAGCGCAAAAUAUGGUAUUUUAUAAUACAGAUGGA